AUGACUGUGGUGCUAACAUCCGGAACUGGACAGUUGUAUUCACAAGUCUGCCGAGGAUCGUCGGUGCAUUACGUCCCUCGUUGCGGUCUGUGCAGCUGCACCGCCUCUGCGCACCUCAUCAGCAGUUCAUAUUCAAUGGUCGUGCCAGGAUUUGAACCCCGGACAUCUGACAUGCGAGGCAAGCGUGCUACCACAACUCCACCAACGCCCGUAACUACUCAUAAGGUUGCUAAAAACUCUUCGACAGCCCACGACCGGUUUCGCCUUUCUUGGGGCUCAUCAGGUAGGCACAGUUUCCGAGUUUCCCUCAAACUUAUGAUUUACUUGAACCCAAAUUGCACUGUGUUUGAGGAAUACACUCAUUUUUCUUACACCAUUUUGAUGCCUAGCUGCCAUGCCACCCGAAGGAAGCACGAGGGCUGGGAUACUGCCAGGUUGCCCAAGCCUAGACAGGGGAAGUCGAGAGGCAGUGGUCGGGUUCGAACCACGGACCUUCCGGUCAGUAAAUUCGCGCUCUAA